UGGCGAAUGAGUAUCGCCUUAUCAGAAGACAACUGGUAGUUAGUGUGUUGGCGUGUUUGUGUGGUGUCUAUUACGGUUAAAUCGUCUUUCUAUCGACUCCUCUCUCUCUCGCUCUCUCUCCAUAACACACACACGGCAAAGUUCACUGUUUGGAUUCCAAACACUAAGUUGAACUCGUGUUGAUUCCAAAUCGUCUUCAGCUUUAUUUGAGAGUUAUUUAUUUGAGAGUUAUUUCUGCUCAAGUUUUGGAACCUCUCUCAGUGUCAUGUUUUGUCGUGGAGAUUAUACAACUUUCAGGGAGGACAACUCUACUUUUGUGUGAUCUUUGACCCUUUGAUCUACAGAAGCACGUGCGAGUAGGUUGUUGCAAAGAUAUUCUAUUUCUGUUUGGAUAUCUAAGUGACUGGACUGUGUCCACAUACACAAUACGUCAGCGUCUGGAAUGGGAUAUAUUGUGCAUUUGAUUACUAUGAGUAAAGAGCGGAUAACUAACACAUGUUAAGCUGUUCUGUGGAGUCCAGGUGAGUAGAUCAAUAAAGAUCCACUCACUUCUACCAUGCUUCCAUUCACUUGGAGAGAACACUGGCUUCAGGCCACCAGGAGUGGAGGACUAUUUAUAGAAAUAAGAUCCUAUACUCCCUAUAAAUGUGUCUAUCUCUCGCACGUUCAUUGUUCUCAGUAAACUAUUAUGCCACAUAUGUGCCCUUAUAGCAUCGAGUCCAGAUGGUGACCACUAUGGCCAGUGUCCAACUGGUGAAAAAUCACCAGCCACAUCAUCACGGUCAUUAUCAUCCUCCUCAUCACAUAGCAUUACUCCGUCCAGCGAGUCCAAUGAGCAUGACACUGGACUACAGCCUAGCAAACACUUCACAAAGCUCCGAGGGCGACGCCCAGAGUGGCUCACUUAGAGACCUGUCGCCACCAUUGUCAGCCAGUGGAUCAGAAGAAAGAGAUAGACACAGUUGCUCAGAGACUCCCCUGAAGAAAAACAAAAGAAAACUUAGCGAGCCUAAAAAGCGAGCUGAUACAGUAGAAAAAAGUCCCAGUCCAAAAAACAUCAAAAGUGGUCCAAGUGAUAAGGGCAGUAGAAACAAAACAGAUUUGCCAACCAUCAAAAAAUCCAAAAGUAGAAAAGUGAUUAACGGUUGUGCCAAAAAGUCUUUCUCGUGGUCAGCAGCAAAACAAUCUGUUGAUAGAUCAGAAACAACAUCAUCUUCUUCCGAGAACGAGACUUCAAAGAAUUCCGAAGGUGCUUCUAUUUCGCAGAUUCUUCAACCAAUAUUUCAUGGACAUUCUCCAGCAGCGUUAGGCUUUAUACCCGGACUUUAUUUUCCAGGGACACCAUAUCCUCAUUCUGCACUUCAGUCGUCUUUCUCAACACUACCUCUACAACUACAGCAUACAUACCUCGCCGCUGCAGCAGCACAGGCCACCGCAAACUCCACUUCCCCGCAACUGUCAUCACAUGCAGGGGCUAUGGUCGAGUCCGACAGAUCUCUUCAGUCAAAAUGUAACCCAAGUGGGCCAUCUUCUUUCACCUCUUCAAUAGCAGCUCUACAACCGUCCACUGCCCAGUGUGCCUCCAGCUCAAAGACCAGCGCAUCAAUGCACGAGGACGAUGACGAUGCCUCAUCUUCCAGAGCUCAAUCUCCAGAAGACCUUAGUAUCUCUGGAAAGUUGUCGAGAAAACAUAGAAAAAACUACAAAAAUAUGACCCGUGAAAGAAGAGUGGAGGCAAAUGCCAGGGAAAGAACUCGGGUUCACACUAUCAGUGCUGCAUUCGAUGCUUUAAGACACGCUGUUCCGUCCUACUCCCACAAUCAAAAACUCUCUAAACUAGCCAUUUUAAGGAUAGCCUGUAGUUACAUUAUGUCUUUAGCUCGUCUGGCGGAUUUAGACUACACCUCAUCUUCAGAACAUAUUGGAACACCUCUGACCUUUGCCCAGUGUGUAGACAUGUGUACAAAUACAAUACAGACUGAAGGCAGGGCCAGGCGCAGACAUUGAUCAAAGUGUUAGAGAUAUUAGAUAUUCAUUGUAUGGACAAAUGGUCGAAUGUUUGGAAUCAAUAUUUGUGAAGUUGGUUUAGAAAAGGGAAAAUAAAAACAACACUUUCUAAUGAACACUUGCAUGAAAGGGAGGGGUUGGUAAAACAUAUUUUCUUACCUGAAGCAUUUGGUAGGCGCCAGUCUCCAUAAAUUAUGAUUGAACAGGUCUGGGUUGCAAUUAAAAAAAAUGAUAGUUUCGUUUGCAGUCAUGUGAUUCAUCUUUUGACAUUACUGUCUCUAUUAUCAUUUUUAAUAAGAACUCAUUAGUCAACACUCUCAAUAGUUAGUACUAAAAUGUAUUAGAAUGUGUAUAUAAUUUAUUUCUCUCUCCCUCUCUCUCUCUCUAAAAUUCAUAGACAUACUUAAAAUAUGUUCUUCUCAACGAAUAUGAAACUGUUAACAUAAGGCACCAUCUUGAACUACAGAUAAAGCUUGUAACAUUUCUAUCUAUUCUUAAAGUUUAAAAAUGACUUAUGUUGUUUCAUGAAUGGAAGAUGAGUUGAAGUAUUAACUUUUGUUGUACAUUUUUAACUGUUACAUGCUGGCCUCUAUUAGAUGGUCCAGGACGAGUUUGAAGGAAGUGUAACUCUUUUUGAGUUGAAUACAUUACUUCAAUAUUUAUCUUCUGGCAUCUUUCUCUUGUCUUUUAUCCUCACUAUCUGAUGGUGUAUCAUCUCACUAUCUGAUGGUGUAUCAUCUCACUAUCUGAUGGUGUAUCAUCUCACUAUCUGAUGGUGUAUCAUCUCACUAUCUGAUGGUGUAUCAUCUCACUAUCUGAUGGUGUAUCAUCUCACUAUCUGAUGGUGUAUCAUCUCAAGCUGGAUGAUACAAUUACAUUUGUAUACAAUUAACCAACACUUUUCGACUAUUUAAUACAUUUAUUCAAGAAUCUGAAACCAUCUUCAUUGUUCUUGUAACCUCUGACUUUUGUUUCACUGGGUUCUGUCUGAAACCAUCUUCAUUGUUCUUGUAACCUCUGACUUUUGUUUCACUGGGUUCUGUCCAAAAACGUUCUUUUUUUUGUCUUAUUAAGUUUCCGCUUGAAAAAUCUUGUUGCUUAAGAAGUUUUUCCCUUUUAGACCAAAUGCCUUGAAGCAUAAGUCCCACGCUUCCUAAGCAUGUCAGUUCAGCUUCUCAUGGCGUCAUUGCGUUACUGAAAAUGUUACUCUUGGCAGUUGUGGUGAUCUUAUUCGUACAAAUACUGAAUACUAAUUGGUACAGCAUGCAUAUCUGUCUGUUUCAAACGUUUUGGAUUGUAUGACUUUGACGUAAGCUUUGCUUUGUGUUGGAAAAAUGUUUUCUGAUAUAAUUCAACUCCAUCCGUUCUGAUCUGGUUGAGGCAUUUUCGUUUAAGACAACACAUAAGUUAUUUGUUACAAACUUGCAGGAGAACAUAGCGAAUAGCUUCCCCUGCCAUUUUUUUUUAAUUCGUUAAGUUGUACAAAAUAUUCAUAGUUUGUAUCUUGCAACAGACGAUGUAAAACAUUGAAUGCUAGAGAGUAAAUAAUGAAUGCAAGAGAUACGACAAUAUAUGCCAAUGUUAAUUGUAAAUAUUUCAAAGUGUGUGACAUUAAAAAGACUUAUUUGUUAGGAUUGGAGUAUUACAAAGAAUUUUCAAGUAUUUUCUUUUCUCCUUCAGGACGCUUUACACUAUUAACAUGAACUCAGAUGUUAGAUUGACGAGCACAUAUUUAUGUUUUAGUAAACGCUGCAAGAGUUGUGUUCUAAUAGUUGUACUGGGUUUGUUUUUAAAGCACUAAACUUGUUCCCAUUAACUUAAGAUUCAAAUGUGUCAAUGGGCCCACUGGAUGACUAAACAAACAACUGACACUGACAUCUGGCCCACUGGUUGACUAAACAAACAAAUGACACUGACAUCUCGUGGACCGCCAUAAUGAUACUGCUAUAAUGCUACUCCUCAAAUUGCUCCCCAGACUUAGUGACACUUACUGUUGGCUUAGAUUUGAAAUAUUGUGUUCAUCAUUGGAGGGGGGGGGGGCUAUUUAGCCCAGGGACAUUAACUGGACUUGUGCGUGUUAGGGAGAAAGAGAUGCUAUAUGGUAACCUCCAAGUGACUGACGGAAGACUUGCUUACAAGGGAGACACUGCCGCGGACACUGAUAGACAGUAGUACUUGACCCGACACACACACACACAUUUCUAUUCCCACAUCCACGUUUUGACUUUACAGUCACAGUGAGUAUAUAGGUAUUAAUGUGAACACACACACCGAAACCCUCACAGAUUUAUUACUUUCAGCUACAUAUCGUACCACAUUCUAAGAAUUUUCACACACACACACACGCACACUCAAUUAUCACUAAAUUAAAUGUAAAAUUGUGCUAGUCAUUUGGUACGAUUUACUAAAACUUUUCAAAAUUUCAUCUAGCAUUGAACAAAACUAGUUUAUCUUGUUCUUUCAGGUGACAAAUGAGACUUUUUUUUCCUGAAUUGACAUUUUAAAAAUUUCAUUCACACUCUCUUCGGUAUUGUUACCAUAAGAACUCUUUCUUUUCUAGUGCCGUUACAACAUGGAGCGAAUAGCCUGAAUGAGUCCGAAAAAAAAAAGUCUUAGUGAGUUUAAGUUUCUAAUUAACAUGUAGGGCGUAGGUCCUUACAACUAGGUGGUAUACCAAUGACAUUAGUAGACUGUAGUUUCCUGUCUCUACAACUAGGUGGUUGACCAGUGAUAUUAGUAGACUGUAGUUCCCUGUCUCACUUCAACUGUGCAGACAUUCCAAUAUCCAGAUUUCAUUCUCUUUCCCGCCAGGCUGACCUGCGUAGCUAUCACGAUUCAGAUGAGAUUGCUAAAGAUGUAUUUUUAUUAGUCUGUCUGGUAGCCAGUUCUUACCUAAAUCAUAUGUUUGUUAGCUUCAAACCUGGUAGUUGGCCUGGUCUAACACUUACUAUUUGUGCUCAGCCAUUGUAGUGGAUACAUGUUGAUAGGUUUUCAGAUGAUCACUUUAGGAAAAAUGCAUAAAAAAAGAUUGGCAGGUUAGAGUUAGGGAAACAUUUUUACCAACUUCAUAUGACGUCAUUCUGAAAAUUCUACAUCAAAGUAGACUCUACAUUGCACAGUUAAACUUUCUACUUAAAGCAUUGAUGUAAUGGCAGUAUUUGAAAGAUCUGAUAGGAUGACACAAUAGUUUCUUUGACGUUCUUGACAUAUCCAUUUAGAACCCUCUUAAUUCCAUAUUUAUAUAAGCGUUCAGUUUCUUUGGUUUCUAUAAUGUAUUCUUCUCAAUGCUAUGCAAGUCCAUUCAACAUUCAAGUACUUGUAUGUGGUCAUAUAGGUUCAGGGAAAUGAUUUAGGCUACGUGUGGUGGCAAGAAGUGUGGAGUCAUAAACUAAGAAAUGAUUUAGGCUACGUGUGGUGGCAAGAAGUGUGGAGUCAUAAACUAAGAAAUGAUUUAGGCUACGUGUGGUGGCAAGAAGUGUGGAGUCAUAAACUAAGAAAUGAUUUAGGCUACGUGUGGUGGCAAGAAGUGUGGAGUCAUAAACUAAGAAAUGAUUUAGGCUACGUGUGGUGGCAAGAAGUGUGGAGUCAUAAACUAAGAAAUGAUUGCUAAACUGGACUCUAUGUGGAGGCGGAUUUAUUUGUGAAGCCUCUUAUCCUUUUUCGAGCUCUUCUUAAAAAAAAGCACUCAAUAAUAUUUGUUACCCAUUCCCUGUACUUCUAUGUUUGACCCUGUAUUUCUAUGUUUGAUCCUAUACUUCUAUGUUUGACCCUGUAUUUCCAUGUUUAACCCUGUAUUUCUAUGUUUGAUCCUGUACUUCUAUGUUUGAUUUGUUAUUGUACGUUAAUCUCAUUUUCCUUUAUUUUUAUAUUUCAUGUGCAUAUUUAUUUUUUUUUACAAUUGUAUAUAUUUGACCUAGCAUUGCUGUAAAUCUGGCUCUGGUGGAGUAUGAGCACAUUGUACAUACUAUUGAAUAUCUAACUUUGACACAGUCCUUUCCCCAAGUAUUUUUUCUACUGUGUAUCUGUGAUUAAAUGAAAAAUUUUAAUAAAUUCAUUGUGUCACUUGACGUGUGUGAUACAUUGUAAAGAUG